UACUUCGUAUCUCUCCCGAAGAUGAUUACAGUUUACAUGCAGCAGCACGCGAGAUGAUGCUGUCCCAAUCACACUUUUUAUAGCUAUUAUUUAGAUAUUUUUAAAGUCGACUACAAAAAUAAGGCGUAUUUUUAUUACUAAAUUUUCGCAACACUAUGCACGCCGCCACUACACUACCAAACCUGGAAUGUCAUUACGUGAUUUUGUGUUGUCAAAGUCACACUUGAAAAAUCGUUUUCUCUUCAUAAAAACGAUAAAAACAUUCUAAAAUGGGAAAAAGGAAGCGAUCCGACAAGGAUGAUAGUGAAAUGGUUGAAAAGUUAUACAAAAAGGUAAAGAAACUGGUGAAAAAUAGAAGGAGAAUUUCAUCAUCAACUUCCGAUGAUGAACCGAUGCCGCCAUUAUCUCCCGCGCAGUCGUCACAUUUUGAUAUAAUUACCGAUCUAGAACCUCGAGAUGAAAUCCCAACUAUUGAGAUGCAACCAGAAAGUGACGAGUUAGUAGAGGAAAACCAAGAUCUGGAACCAGAUAUCUUGCAAUUGCUAGGGUCAGAUCCUACGCAAAAUAAAUCAUUUGGAGAUAAUUUACAUAAAGAUUUAGUAACAAGGUGGAAACACAUCUUAACUAAUGGCCUAUCCAAGGAUGAAAAAACUGAUAUUUUGAAACAAUACCUACCUGCUGAAAAUUGCACAAAUAUGAAGGCACCGGCAUUGAAUCCUGAAAUAAAAUCAGCACUCUCUGAUAAUAAUAUCAAAAGAGAUGCAUACAGUGAACAAAAACAAAAUCAAAUGUCUAGCUGUAUUUCAGCAAUUGGCAAAGCACUGAAUUUAGUCUUGUCACAAAAAGAGAAUGUCCCCCAAGAUCUCAUAAAAACAUUGAGUGAUGCGGGGCGCCUACUAUGUGAUACACAUUACAGAGAAUCUCUUUCUAGAAGGUUUGCUAUUGUAAAUUCUCUAAGCAAGCAAAAACGAGAAAUAAUUAAAAACACUAAAAUAGAUGAUCAUUUGUUCGGUUCCAACUUGUCAGAACAUCUAAAAUCAUCCAAGGCUAUAUCAGUGUCUGCCUCAGAGCUAAGAUUCAGUACAAACACGGCCAAGUUUAACCAGUCUCACCGUGGGCAACCCAACACAUCUACAUCUCGUUAUCCUGCGGCUUUAAACGCUCGGGGGGCACCGCGGGCACCAGCCGCCGAACCGCGAGUGUACCCCAGCCAGAAUCGGCGUCAGCUACCACCACCGUCGGCGCCACGGGACCAUCGUCGUGUACCGACGACGACGACGACACGCCCGCGGAUCAACUACCCACAACAAUCUCGUCGACGUUAACAACCCCAUCACAGAUUCCGAGUCGCGUCAAGCACAUAACAUUGAUACAGAAUGGGAAUUAGCUCCAUAUGCCUUUCAACAAAUAAUUUUCUCAUUUGGUAUGCCAGCAUUUGAUUUAUUUGCAAGUAACCAAAAUAAUAAAUGUCCAAGAUAUGCAUCAUGGAAAUUAGAUCCAAAUUCUGAGAUAGUAGAUGCCUUUACCUUCAGCUGGGAAAACAUAAACUUUUAUGCUUUUCCACCCUUUAGUAUUAUUUCUAAAGUUCUUCAUAAAAUUAAAAGUGACAAGGCAGAGGGGGUGGUGGUGGUGCCAUACUGGCCCACUCAACCCUGGUACCCAGUAUGGACAAAUCUACUGAAAUCAAAAGCACUUUACUUCAAACCUAACAAAGAUCUGUUAAUUUCCCCUUUCAGAGAGGCGCAUCCCCUCCACAAGGACCUAACAUUGAUGGCCGGGAAAUUAUCAAGCAAGCAUUGCUAAGUCAUGAAGUCCCGGAGGAGUCUCUUGAUAUUAUGAUAGCCUCUUUCUCUAAAAAUACCUUAACUCAAUAUAAUCAUAUUUUGAAGUCCUGGUGGCAAUAUUGCAAUAAUAAGGGUACUGAUUACCUGCAUUCAAAUACUAAACUGUUUAUAACUUUCUUAACUGAAAAAUUUAACUCAGGUGCUUCUUAUAGCACACUAAAUAGCUAUCGUUCAGCACUAUCUAUAAUCCUAGGUCAAGAAGUAACCUGUAAUGACGCAACUAAACGAUUUUUUAAAGGUGUAUACCGCAUAAAACCACCCGCACCCAAAUAUAAUACUACUUGGAAUCCUAUCUUAGUACUUAAUUAUGUAGCUGAUUACUUACCUAAUGAGUCAAUAUCAUUGAAAGAUUUAUCCCAUAAAACUGUAACCCUUUUAGCAAUAGCAUCCGCGCAAAGAAUGCAAACUUUAUCCCUUAUUAAGAUAAGAAAUAUUUUAUUUGAACAUGAUAAAAUUCUCAUAAAAAUUGAUGACUUAAUAAAAACUUCAAGGCCAGGAUCUGUUCAACCCUUAAUUGCAUUGCCAUAUAUCAAAGAAAAUCCAAAAAUUUGCCCAGCCUUAACUCUAAAAUGUUAUUUAGAUAAAACAUCCCAUCUCCGAAAUCAGGAACAGUCACUGUUUAUUAGUUACCAAAAACCCCACAAAAAAGUAGGUUCUCAAACUUUAUCUCACUGGGUAAAAUACACUUUGGAAAAAAGUGGCAUAGAUAUAAAACUGUACGGCGCGCACAGUACGCGACACGCGUCAACGUCUGCUGCCCGUAGAGCAGGCAUAAAUCUGGAGGUUAUUCGGAAAGCCGCCGGCUGGUCGGAAUCCUCACAUGUUUUUUUGAAGUACUAUAAUAGGGAUAUUACUUCUGCGGACACCCUAUUUGCGGAGUCACUGCUCAAAUAAUAUUGAUUUGUAUGACUGAUUAUGUUACCUUGUUUAAUAAUUAUGAUACCUAGGUCUACCUCUAUUAUAAUUUAUCAUUGUAGUGAUUAUCGCUGUGAUACUUGAUUGUAAGUUGAUUGCCCUAUUUGCGGAGUCACUGCUCAAAUAAUAUUGAUUUGUAUGACUGAUUAUGUUACUUUGUUUAAUAAUUAUGAUACCUAGGUCUACCUCUAUUAUAAUUUAGCAUUGUAGUGAUUAUCGCUGUGAUACUUGAUUGUAAGUUGAUUGUAAUUAUUACUAUAAGAGAAGAUGACUACUUAAGUUAAUUUCAAUAAAUGUCGUUAUUGUGAUUA